AUGGUUGUGGCGGUGCAGGCAUCUUUCAGAUGCCGUCUGAGGGCCUUUUGCAAGCAUUUUGGUGGGCGCAUAGGUGAAAAGAGCGGAUUUGGCCCCUACGGUACACUAAACUCCACCAAAAUUAGCGACCGGGGCCGCCCCCAAAAGCUUAUUUCGAUAUAUUUUUUAAUAUACUAUAAAAGAGUGGGUUCUUUUACCCUUUACCUAGCCUCGCGUAAACUUUUGAGUACUGAAAGUUAAAAUAGUUGACUGAAACGGCUGGGAACUCUGUAAACUUCAGCUACGCGUCCACACAAAUCUUACAAAUAGACCUCAGACGGCAUCUAAAGAUGCUUUGCCUGCACCGCCACAUUAUAGUCACGUGCAGCGUCUGAAGAUACCGUC